AUGUCGAGGUCAAUCUUUAAAUUAGUUGUUAUGAUAUUGAAAAUGGCUGAAGUAUAUGGGAUUUUCGAAGUUAUAUCCUCAUCAUUCUAAGGGAAUAGCUUUACAGAUUCAGACAGUAUAUGUUGUUUAUCAAUGAUAGGCUGGAUUGUAAGCGGAGCAGAGCCUUAAAUUACGAAUUGUAUGGAUAAUAGAUUAUUUGGAGGCUAAAAUGCUUUCGGAUAUGGUGUUAGUGCUAGUAAAAUCUUCUCUCUUCCACCACAUUAUAAAUUAAAUCUGAAGAUGCAAUUUUGGAAGUAAAAAUAAAUGAGAUAUGACUAGAAUUGAUUCAUUUGAUAAUGAAUUCGCAUAUAUUUAUGUUGAUUAAGUGUUAGUUUGGCAACAAUAAUUUUAAUAUUAAGAUGGAACAUAAAUAUGUGGUACAGAAGCAGAUUGGAAAGAACAACCAGUUGAUUUAGAUUUAAUCAUCAACCAUAGUGGCUCAACUGCAAUAGUUGUUAUCACAAGUACCUUGGAUGAUUGGGCUGAUAAUGUAAAUAUUCAUAAUUAAUUUAUAUAGGAAUCAUGGGGAUUUAAAGAUUUUGUUUUGGCUAUUGAGCAAUGUCCAUAAGGAUGCUUAGUUUGUUAAGAAGGAGAAACUGCAAUGCAAUGCUCAUUUUGGAUAUCAUUUUCUAAAAGUUGGGAAUAAUUAAAUAUUGAUGAACUAACAUAAGAUGGUUGGGAUGUUAGUUCUGGAACUGCAGAAGCUACGUAAUGUGGAGGUAUUUGAUUGAUAUAAACUUUUUAGCUGUUAGUUUGUUUGGGGGAUAAGCUAAAACUGGAAAUGAAACAACAAUAAGUAAAAGUUUAACAAAUAUUCCAAAUCAUACGAAAUUAAAAAUCAGAUUUUUGUUUGUUGUGUUAGAUUCAUGGGAUGAUGAAUUCGCUAGAUUGAAAGUAGAUAAUGUAUUAGUUUGGGAAAGGCAAUUUAAUUAUUAUGAGGGUUAUUAUUAUAGUUUAUGUAAUGAAUAACCAGAGAUUUGGAAUACAUAAUUAUUUUUUAGAGUCGAUAUAAUAUUGGAUCAUACAAGGGAUUAAGUGGAAUUGGAAUUUACGACAACUUUAGAUGAUAUUUUAACUGAUGAAUCUUUUGGAUUAAGAGAUCUAUCUAUUUUUUAUUAUAUAUUAUGUCCUUAGAAUUGUGCUUGGUGUACAGAGGAAAGUUGUUUAAGUAUAUAAUGAUAUAAUAAAUUAUUAGAAUGUGAUGAUGGAUAUUAUAAUAGUGGAAUAGAGGAUAAAUGGUGUUAAAGUAUAAUCAUAUUAAAUAAAUUAAGAAUGUCAUUCAUCAUGUUAAGAAUGUGA